AUGACGAGUCUCAAACGAUCUAUGGGAUCGGAUCCCUACUCAUCUAAUAUAUCAAGUAAAGUCUAUGUACGAUCUACCAAAAGUGGCAAAGUUCAGAAGAUUGUUCGUGAAUUAUAUCUUCGACAAGAUAUUCCCUGCUCAUCCAAGCUCUGCGACAGCUGCCUCAAAACUGCGCCACCAGAUGCAAGUGGUGUCGUGUCACCCUUUGUUCUAUCCGAAAAGCCUGCCGGAACGAAAGCAUACACUCAGGGUCAUUACCUGGUUCCCGAUACCAAUGCAUUACUGAACGCCCUCGAUCUCUUCGAACAGACAUCUGCCUUCUACGAUGUCAUCAUACUACAGACUGUGCUUGAGGAGUUGCGAAAUCGAUCACUGCCGCUUUACAAUCGUUUGAUUGGGCUUACGAAGAGCGAGGACAAACGAUAUUAUGUUUUCUUUAACGACUUUCGUCUCGAGACCUAUGUGGUCAGAGAGACUGGCGAAAGUAUAAAUGAUAGAAAUGAUAGAGCGGUCCGACGCGCGGUUAAAUGGUACGGCGAACAUAUUACACAAGCAGUAAAUGCUGCAGGAGGACGGUCAAAGAAGACACCUGCUGUGGUAAUGCUCAGUGAUGAUAAGGAGAAUCUUAUCAAAGCAAAACGAGAUGGCAUUCAAGCAUGCUCCCUUCGGGAAUAUGUUAGUGGAUUGGAGGAUGCGGAUCGGUUAUUGGAUAUGAUUAGCGCUGCAAAGGAAGAUAAGGAAGCACGAGAUGCCAGAACUUCUGGAAACCUAUACCAGGAAUAUUAUUCGGUAUCAAAGAUGAUGACUGGUGUCAAGAACGGCACGUUACAUCAGGGUAUCUUUAAUGUUUCUCCAUACAACUAUCUGGAGGGUUCUGUAAACGUUCCAGCUUUCGACAAAUCGUUACUCGUUCUUGGCAGAGAGAGCAUUAAUAGAUCUAUCCAGGGUGAUGUUGUGGUCAUUGAGAUAUUACCAAAGGACCAAUGGAAGGAGCCUUCCACAAAAAUCAUCGAAGAAGAGACCCUAAACAAAGAUGAAAAUGCCGAUGCGGAUGAGGGAGAAGCUGUCGUUACUGAAAAGGAAAGACGUGCGCUGCAAGAAGAAGUAAAGAAGACCCACAGCAAGGGUACGGAGAAUCGCCCGCAGCCAACUGCUAGAGUAGUUGGUGUCGUAAAGCGCAAUUGGAGACAAUAUGUUGGUCAUGUGGACGAAUCAUCUGUCAGUCAGUCGGUGAAACUAGGACGCAAGCAACAAACCGUAUUCCUUAUUCCCAUGGAUAAGAGGAUACCAAAAAUUCGUGUUAGAACGCGACAAGCGGGUGAGAUUCUAGGAAAGCGGGUUUUAGUCACCAUCGACUCCUGGGAUAGAGAUUCUAGAUAUCCGGUUGGUCAUUUUGUUCGUUCUCUCGGCGAACUGGAAACAAAAGGUGCCGAGACAGAGGCUCUCCUUUUGGAAUAUGAUGUACAAUAUAGGCCAUUUCCGAAAACAGUCUUAGAUUGUUUACCGGCAGAAGGUCAUGAUUGGAUUGUACCUCCAAGUGUGGAUGAUCCUGGAUGGACAAACAGACGCGACCUCCGCGAUCUUAAUAUUUGCAGUAUCGAUCCAAUAGGCUGUCAAGAUAUUGAUGACGCAUUACAUGCGAGACCUUUGCCCAAUGGCAAUUACGAAGUGGGUGUGCAUAUUGCGGAUGUCUCACAUUUCGUCAAGCCAAAUAAUGCCAUGGAUGCCGAAGCAAGCAUACGAGGUACUACCGUUUAUUUAGUAGAUAAGCGAAUUGACAUGUUACCGAUGUUACUUGGGACGGAUCUGUGCUCCCUCAAGCCAUACGUCGAGAGAUAUGCAUUUUCUUGUUUGUGGGAAAUUACCCCGGAUGCAGAGAUUGUAAAUUCAGAAUACACAAAAUCUGUCAUCAAAUCACGAGAAGCAUUCAGUUAUGAAGAUGCUCAGAUACGUGUUGAUGAUGCUUCACAACAAGAUGACCUUACUACCAACAUUCGUACCCUCCUUAUGCUAUCGAAGAAAUUCAAGCAAAAGCGUAUGGAUGCUGGGGCAUUGAGUCUCUCGUCACCAGAAGUUAGAGUGGAGAUGGAAUCUGAGACCUCAGACCCAAUAGACAUCAAGCAGAAAAAGCAUCUUGACACUAUGUCGCUAGUCGAAGAAUUCAUGCUUCUCGCCAAUACCAGCGUAGCAGCCAAGAUUUAUUCCGCUUUCCCACAAACAGCCAUGCUUCGUCGCCACGCUGCUCCUCCCAAAACAAAUUUUGAAGAACUCGCCAAUCAACUCAAAAUCAAACGUGGUCUCGAGCUACGCGUUGGUUCAUCGAGAGAACUUGCCGAUACCCUCGAUGGAUGUGUUGAUCCUACCGAACCCUUCUUCAAUACCCUCGUCCGUAUUAUGGCAACUCGUUGCAUGAUGUCUGCAGAAUAUUUCUGCUCUGGUACACAAGCUUACCCCGAGUUCCGCCAUUACGGUCUAGCAUCCGAAAUUUACACUCAUUUCACAUCACCUAUUCGUCGUUAUGCCGAUCUCGUCGCUCAUCGUCAACUUGCUGCCGCGAUUGACUAUGAACCUCUUGCUGCCAGUGUUCGCAGUAAGGGAAAGCUCGAAGGUGUUUGCAAGAACAUCAACGUCCGUCACCGUAACGCACAACAAGCAGGCCGUGCUUCCAUCGAAUAUUACGUUGGUCAAGCACUGAAGGGUCGCAUCGUUGAGGAAGAAGGUUUCGUAAUGAAAGUUUUCAGCAAUGGAUUUGUGGUCUUUGUACCGAGAUUCGGUAUCGAGUCACUUAUUCGCUUGAGAGAUCUCGCGGAACCUGAACCAGAGGGUGACUUUGAUGCUGAGAACUAUGUGUUGCAGACGAAGGGGAGUAGAGAAGCUAGAGUGGAGUUGUUUGGAAAGGUGAUGGUGAGAAUUAGUGAUGUUAAGGAGGAGAGUACGGGUAAGAGGAAGAUUAAGGCCGAGUUGGUGGAUGUGGUCGGGAACACCAAGUAG